AAUCAGCCAGUAGGAUCGCAGUGCAGCGCGUGGUGCUGACUAAACUCCCUGUGUCUCUCUCCCUCUCCUCUCAGUCUGUCUCUCCCUCUUCGCUUUGCCUCUCACACCCUCACAGUCUCUCUAUCUCCACCCUCCACUCCGCUGCAAACAUGGUCGAUGUUUUCCUUGGUACCUGGAACCUGAAGGAGAGUGAGAAAUUUGAUGAAUACAUGAAGAAGCUGGGUGUUGGCUUCGCUACGCGCAAGGUCGGGAACAUUACCAAGCCCACCACCAUCAUCUCAAUGGAUGGAGACAUGGUGACAGUGAAGACACAGAGCUCCGUCAAGAACACUGAACUCAGCUUCAAGAUGGAUGAGGAGUUUGAUGAGAACACCGCUGAUGACAGGAAAGUUAAGUCCUUUGUAACAAUUGAUGGUGGGAAGUUGGUGCACACCCAGAAGUGGGACGGCAAAGAGACCAGCCUGGUCAGGGAAGUUCAAGGCAACAACCUCACACUGACACUAACAAUGGAUGAUGUCAUUUCCAUACGUCGCUACGUUAAGGCAGAGUAAAACCUACUACAUCCCUCCAGCCUCAUCUGGCAACAGCUAAAGCCCCUGCGACCCCAAACUCCUAAAAACGUCAACCCUGAACAAUAAAACCUCUCAUAUGGCUGCUGCAGAUUCCCCUCACACUGUGUGCUCAGUAUUUACAUCACUGCUGACUCUAACCUCCAUUCUCCCCUUAUCUUUUUCUCUUUACUGGGUUUCCUCCUACUUCAAAAAAACACUGAAUAAUUUCCGAUGGUUUGUUGUUGUUUUGUUCUCUAAAGAUACAGUUUUGGAUGAUAUUUUUUUUUUUUUUUAGAAAAUGUGUUCUGCAUGGUGCCUAUGUUAAAGUGGGUUAAGUGUUUGAAUUUCAAAGGUUUGCGACGUGAACAAAAAAUAAAGUGUCUACACUGUUGGACAAACUGUUAAAACAAUGAAA